AUUUCCUGAUUUUUAGGAAUCAAAUAGAUACCUCCAUAUUAUUUGCCAAUAUUUUCACGCGUCAUCUGAUCUGAUUUGAUCCGGAUUCGAAAUUGAUUCAAGCAGAGAUUCUUCUAAAAGAAAAAUGAAUUCAAAUUCGAGUCCCUUGAGAGCGAGAGAGACAGAUGCAGAGUGUACCUUGCGAGCGUGGAUGAUCUGAGUUUCUCGAGUAUUUUUGAACUGCGAAUUAGGGUUUCAAUCCCUCUCAUAAAUCAAGAAACCAAGCUAUUGCAAAUGCUACCAUCAGAUUGAGGAAACAAAGUCCUCUGAAUAACCCCAGAAGGAGAAGACACAGCUGUCCCGGUCCCAUUAACAGAAUCGUGAGGCGAAGUCGGGUUCUGUCCCAAGGCCUCCGCAAGCGGGCCGCCAGCCCCAAACGGCUCGGAAUAACAAACUAGGCCAGACCAUUGAACACCAUUUCUCAUCCCAUCAUUUACAAUUUCUUGAUCUAACGUGGGCCCACCAACAGAUGUUCCCUGUAAUUUGUCGAGGUGGAAAAGUGAAGUGAAAAAAUUAGCCGAGAGCAGCCACGGUUUGCACAGGGUGGACUGUAGAAGGGGAACCCAAACGACGUCGAUUCUGCUGGUGUUUUUGCUGUGUUUUUUUUACUCUCUUUUAACUUUUCCAGUUCACCCUUUAAUGUUUAGCAGAUAUUGAACCUAUUAGUAUUUCGUUAUUUGUUUUCUGAUAAACAUUACAUUCCUGUAAAAUAUGUUGUUUUCAGAUCCUACCCAAUUUUUUUAUCUUCUCAGGGUCGUCGUUCAAUUACACAUGAGUUCUCGGUGGGGUCGCUGCCUAAGAUUCAAAACUUGAAGACUAAUAGGUGUUUGAAGUGGAGUUCUUUGAGAGUGGAGUGUUGUUGGCGUGAAGUUGGAGUGUUGUCGGCGUGAAUUUGGAGUGUUGUUGGCGUGAAGUUUUUAGUGGCCGACUGGGAAAAAUUACCUGGAUUGGUAUUGGAUCACAACUAGCCAGAAUGUGUGGUCUACUUGCUAUUGCAAUAAACGAGAAGAGGGUUUUAUUUACCGGUUACUAUAACAGAGCCGAUCAUGACGGUUGCAAAGACCUCACUCGAGUGCAGAAAACAAGCCUACGAGCUUGUGCACGACAAGGCAGCAUGGGUAUGGGGUAGUCCUUGGAGUAGCAUGGAACCAACCACCGAGAUUAACAGGACCUUAACUGCUAUACGGUACCUGAUGAGGUUUCAGAACGAGUACACGUGCGGCAUUAUGAACAAGGUCCGCCACAGUGCCUUUGGACGUGAAGCUGCAAAAAUGGUUCACGAGUUAUCCUCCGAGAAUCUGAGAAGAACUGAGCAUGAUAUGGAAAAAUUCUUGUGGUCUAAUCACAACCUCUGGGUCCCUCAGCCGUUGUUGAGCAUGCACGUCAAGAUGGGAGACAAGCCGUGUGAGAUGACCUUUUCGGAUUUGAAGAAUAAUGCGUUUGGCGAACAAAGUCCGGGCGCGCUUCCCGCACUUCAAGAAUGUGUGGCUUUCUACCGAAAUGCAGAAAUUUUACUACACGAACGUGAGGCGAUAAACGGGGAACAUGUUGAUGGCAACUUACGAAUCGAGCCUCGGUCGGAGACGAGUAGUAAUUACCCACUUGUGAACUUCUUGAUGGCGACAGAGGCUGAUUUCUUCAUAGGUGCAUUGGGUUCAACGUGGUGCUUUCUGAUAGAUGGGAUGUGA